UCCAAGAUAUAGCACAGAAACAUCCUACCUCCUAAAUUUAAAUAAAGAUCGGUAGUCUUUCUAAAUUAUCGAUUCAACCAAGCGUUUUUAUCUACUAUGUGGCGCCAAAUAUAAUCAGCUGUUUAUAAAAGGAUUUGAAAACUAAAAUUAAAUUAUAAUAAUAAUAUGAACGAGAAAAUUAAAAAAAUGAGAAUCCCAAUUGAAGUUAAUCAAUUGGUUAAGAAUCAGACUGAUCAUGGUAUUUCUUGUGCGCCGGUAUCUAAUGACGAUUACUCCAAUUUGUUGGCGAAAGUUCCAGGACCAAAAGGUUCACCAUAUGAAGGCGGUGUAUUCGAAAUUAAAAUUUGUUUUGGCACCCAGUAUCCUUUCCAACCGCCAACUUUCAAAUUCUCAACACCAAUUUAUCAUCCGAAUAUAGACAACUCGGGUAAAAUUUGUUUGGAUUUGUUACGUAUGCCGCCAACCGGAUCUUACAAUCCUGCUAUUACACUAGAGUCAAUGCUACUCUCCAUUCAAUUACUACUAGCUUCUCCUAACCCGGACGAUCCAUUGAAUAGCGCAGCUGCGGAUCUCUACAAAACUAACAUUGAACAAUUUAAUAUUAAAACACGUGAAUUAUUACAAAAAGGACAUUCGAACCAAAAAAAUUUCAUAUAAAAGGACUUGCCACAAAACGAAUUAAAUAAAUCACCGAUACCACUCAGAAAAAAAACAGUUCAUUCAGCUGUCGUGAAGAAAUACAAUUCUAUUUUAAUGUCUUCAUUUCCAAUUUGGUCAUCACCGUUACAAUUAUUUAUUAUUUAAUCAAUACAUUUCAUUUUAUUUCAAUUAA